UAUCUGUUUCCUCAUAUGGAAGAAUGUGUAAUCUAAGCUAGCUAGUCCUUGACACAAAUCUCUCGGUGGGUUUUCAUUAAUAAUUUGGUAGAAUCAUCAGUAAUACAAGGUUUGGUUAUUAUAUAUGUUAUUUGGUUAGAGUUAGAUAAUUUAAAUAAUAAAAAAAGAAAAGAGAAAAGAAAGAUGUGGAGGCUGAAAAUAGCAGAUGGAGGGAAAGAUCCAUACAUAUUCAGCACAAAUGAGUUUGUAGGGAGACAAAUAUGGGAAUAUGAUUCAGAAGCAGGAACUAAAGAGGAAAGAGAACAAGUUCAACAAGCUCGUCUCAAUUUCUAUAACAAUCGCUUCCAAGUUAAACCUUGUGCUGACCUUCUUUGGCGUUUUCAGAUUUUGAGAGAAAAUAAUUUCAAACAAACAAUAGAUAGUGUAAAGAUAGAAGAUGGAGAAGAGAUAACAUAUGAGAAAGCUACAAGUGCAUUGAGAAGGGGCACACAUCAUCUAGCAGCAUUGCAAACCACUGAUGGCCAUUGGCCUGCUCAAAUUGCGGGUCCUCUCUUUUUCCUUCCUCCAUUGGUUUUUUGUGUCUAUAUUACGGGACAUCUUGAUUUGAUAUUUUCGAAAGAGCAUCGUAAAGAAAUUCUUCGUUACAUAUAUUGUCACCAGAAUGAAGAUGGGGGUUGGGGGCUACACAUAGAGGGUCACAGCACCAUGUUUUGUACUGCACUCAACUAUAUAUGUAUGAGAAUUCUUGGAAAAGGGCCUAAUGGAGGUGAAGACAAUGCUUGUGCUAGAGCAAGAAAGUGGAUUCAUGAUCACGGUGGCGUAACAUAUAUAUCUUCAUGGGGGAAAAUUUGGCUUUCGAUACUUGGUGUGUUUGAUUGGUCCGGAAGCAACCCAAUGCCCCCUGAGUUUUGGAUGCUUCCUUCAUUUCUUCCUAUUCAUCCAGCUAAAAUGUGGUGUUAUUGUCGAUCGGUAUACAUGCCUAUGUCUUACUUGUACGGGAAGAGAUUUGUGGGUCCAAUCACACCACUUAUCUUACAGUUGAGAGAAGAACUUCAUACUCAACCUUAUGAAAAAAUUAAUUGGUCGAAAUCACGUCACUUAUGUGCAAAGGAAGAUCUUUAUUCUCCUCAUACAUUGAUGUAUGAUUUGAUAUGUGAUAGCUUAUACAUAUUCACUGAGCCACUUCUGACUCAUUGGCCUUUAAACAAACUAGUUAGAGAAAAGGCUCUUGAAGUAACAAUGAAGCAUAUCCAUUAUGAAGAUGAGAAUAGUCGAUACAUAACCAUUGGGUGUGUGGAAAAGGUUUUAUGUAUGCUUGCUUGUUGGGUGGAAGAUCCAAAUGGAGAUGCUUUCAAGAAGCAUCUAGCAAGGAUUCCAGAUUAUUUAUGGAUUUCAGAAGAUGGAAUGACCAUGCAGAGUUUUGGUAGCCAAGCAUGGGAUGCUAUUUUUGCUGUUCAAGCUUUGCUUGCCACUGACCUAAUUGAGGAAAUUGGUUCUGUUCUUCUGAAAGGUCACAAUUUCAUCAAGAAAUCUCAGGUUAGGGACAAUCCUUCUGGAGAUUUCAAGAGUAUGUAUCGUCAUAUUUGUAAAGGUUCGUGGACCUUCUCCGAUCAAGACCAUGGAUGGCAAAUUACUGAUGGCACCGCAGAAGGUUUGAAGUGUUGUCUACUUUUAUCAAUGUUACCUCCAGAGAUUGUAGGAGAAAAGUUGGAACCAGAAAGAUUAUAUGAUUCAAUCAAUAUUCUAUUAUCGUUUCAGAGUAAAAACGGUGGUUUGCCAGCAUGGGAACCAACCACAGCUCCAAAAUGGUUAGAACUACUCAAUCCCUUGGAAUUUUGUGAGGACAUUGUAGUCGAGCAUGAAUAUGUAGAGUGCACGGGGUCGGCAAUUCAAGCUUUAGUUUUGUUCAAGAAAUUGUAUCCAGGUCAUAGGAAGGAAGAGAUAGAUAAUUUCAUUGCCAAUGCAGUUCGAUUCAUUGAAGAUACACAAACAAGCAAUGGUUCAUGGUAUGGAAACUGGGGAGUUUGCUUCAUUUAUGGUACUUGGUUCGCUCUUGGUGGUUUAGCAGCUGCUGGAAAGACUUAUACCAAUUGUUCUGCUAUUCGCAAAGCUGUUCAAUUUCUUCUUACAAUUCAAAGAGAGGAUGGUGGGUGGGGGGAAAGCUAUCUUUCAAACCCAAAAAAGAUAUAUGUACCUCUCGAAGGAAGCAGAUCAAAUGUUGUACAAACUGCAUGGGCUCUUUUGGGUUUAAUUCAUGUUGGUCAGAGAGAGACCUUACUCCUCUUCAUCGUGCUGCCAAAUUGCUCAUCAAUUCUCAAUUGGAAGAAGGCAAUUGGCCCCAACAGGAAAUUACAGGGGUUUUUAUGAAAAAUUGUUUUUUGCAUUAUCCAAUGUAUAGAGAUAUUUACCCAUUGUGGGCUCUAGCUGAGUAUCGCAAAUGUGUUCCAUUGCCUUCCAAUGCUGCUUAACUUUAAAAGUUGUUAGCAUGAAAAUGACAAAGCCAUAUCAAUAAAGAAACAAUCAAGCAAAUAAAACUAAUCAAAUUGGACAAUACUCUAGGCUAUUUCCCACAUAUUUUGAUUAAUUUUUCUUUCAUGUUACCUUAUGUGUUCAUAUAUGUGUACCUAUGGAGUUUCGUGCAACUCGUUGGUACACAGUGUGUGAGGUUGUUGUAAUUUUUAGAAUAGUGAAUUUAAAUCAUAAUCAUAAAAAAAAUGUAUUGAUGUGUUCUUCCACGUUUGAUGUUUGAUAUUUGAUGGUUGAUAUAGGAAAUAUAUAGCAACAUUUAAAGAAUAUUUACAUAAACAUUUUGAACCUUA